AUGUUCUACACACAUGUGCUUAUGAGUAAGAGAGGGCCAUUGGCCAAAAUAUGGCUUGCAGCUCACUGGGAGAAGAAACUAACAAAGGCCCAUGUAUUUGAAUGUAACCUAGAGAUAACCAUUGAAAAAAUUAUUUCACCUAAGGUGAAAAUUGCACUUCGAACUUCAGGACAUCUUCUUUUGGGAGUUGUUCGAAUCUAUAAUAGGAAGGCAAAAUACCUUUUGGCAGAUUGCAGUGAAGCAUUUCUUAAAAUGAAGAUGACAUUUUGUCCAGGACUAGUUGACCUUCCAAAAGAGAAUUUUGAAGCAGCUUAUAAUGCUAUCACAUUGCCAGAAGAAUUUCAUGAUUUUGACUUCCAGAAUGUGAAUGUUAUUGAAGUUUCAGAGCAUUUUACUCAGAAUCAAAGUAGACCAGAAGAAAUUACACUUAGAGAAGACUUUGGCAAUGAUCUGCUUUUCCAAGCUGGGAGCUUUGGGGAGGAAACUGAAGUUCUCAGAAGACAUAGCAUCUUUGAUGACAACAUAUUACUGAAUUCCAGUGGUCUUUUAAUUGAACGUAGUUCUGGAAGCCUCAAUGGAGAAAAAUCUCUGAUCUAUGACAGCAGAGAUGGAUUUGGAGAUGAAGGAGCUGCAGGAGAAAUGAUUGACAAUUUAUUACAAGGUGAUCAAAAUAUCCUGUUAGAAGAUUUGCAUUUAGACAGAGAAAUCAUCCUGUCUCCUGAGCCUCCCAAUAUGGAACUGGAUAAUCCAGAGUGUUUAUAUCUAUCUGAAAAUGAAAAAAUGGAGAAAACCACAUUAUUAUCAAAUGAAGAAGGAUUUACCCUUGACUCAAUUCAUUUUUCAGACAUUGCUGAGAAAAGGAAAAGCAAAAGAAGGAAAUUGCUCAUAGACCCAAUCAAGGAGAUCAGUAGCAAAACUAUGCAUAAACAGCUGACUUCUUUUGCGGAUACACUCACGGUUUUGGAACUUGCACCUCCUACCCAUAGGUUAAUGAUGUGGAAGAAGAAAGGUGGAGUGGAUACACUUUUGUCAUCUGCUGCUCAGGAUUUGAUUCAUGCUGAACUACAAAGGUUGUUCACAAAAUGCUUUCUGUCCUCUGGCAUUAAACUUGGAGGAAAAUGGAUACAAAAGGAGUUCAUAAGGGACAAAAUGGGGAACCAGAACAUAGUAGAGACCUCCGUGAUGGAAAAGCCAAAUUCCCAGCAAGAGUUAAGUUACACCAAAACUUGGAAGGAUGUGAUUGAUGAGUCUAUGUAUAGCUCUCAAGAGGAUAUCAGUAAAAAUACUAACUCUCAGCAGGAUUUUGUUGAAAUGGUUUCUUUGGCUAUUGAGGAAUCCUCUUUAAUGAAUGCCUUCUUGGCACAAGAAGUGGAAGAUUGUCCCAUGGAAUUGGAGUCAUCGGGCAAUGAACAAAAUAUUGAGGCAGAGAAAUGUAAUCGAAGAGUUCUUCAGCUGUUAAAUGGCUUAAGGAAAUUCAACAAGAUGGGAAUACAAUCCUUCAGUCUGAUGAAACUCUGCAAAAAUAGUGGUCGAAAACAAACAGCUGCCAAAUUUUACAGCUUUCUUGUCCUGAAAAAACAACGGGUUAUUGAACUGAGCCAGAAUGCUCCCUAUGCAGAUAUUAUAGCUACGGUGGGGCCAAUGUUCUAUAAAAUGUGA